GUUGUCAAAGGUGCGGCAUCCUAACCUGCAAAUCAAAACAAAUAAUAAAAUCCACUUGAGUAAUGAUUCAUUAACACAAAAUGAAGAUUCUUGUUUACGUAUUAGUUAUUAUUCAUCUAGUCAGUUGUAAUAAAGAUUCCUUCACAGAAGAAUUACUAUUGAAACCUCUUUAUGCAAAUAAACUAUAUUCGCAUUUUCAAUUCACAACAAAAUGGGAUGUGGAUGCUACCUCCGAUUCCAUGUUCCAUACGAAUUUAUUUCCAAGAGCUAUUAGUGAGAUUGUUGUCAGACAUAAUAUCCAAGAAUUGCACAUUAGUUUAACUGCCGGCUUGUGGAGGUAUGAGACUUGGGGAUAUCCUGUUGUUGAUGCUGCCCCUGGUGCUGAAGUCUGGGCUUGGUUUAAUCCAGACACUGAAAAUGUUGAUAAAAACUGGAAAGAAUUAGCUAAUUCAUUAUCUGGCUUACUGUGUGCUUCUCUGAACUUCAUUGAUUCAACAAAUAGUAUUAAUCCUGAAAUAUCCUUGAGGAAUAGUGGUGUUGUACAGGGCCAAGUCAACAAUACAUUCCUUCGUUAUUCCUCUCUGCCUAGAGAAAUAGUGUGCACUGAGAAUUUAACCCCAUGGAAGAAGUUGCUGCCAUGCUCUUCCAAAGCAGGUAUUGCUUCACUGCUGAAUGCAGGAUAUAUUCACAAUACACAAUACCACUCUGUUGGUAUAAUGUUUCGUCCAAUUUGUGCUGACAAAGCUUGUACCCGGAAAGCAGUUGAACUGCAACAAACAGUAUCUUUGGUGUAUGAUUAUAAAAUGUUGGGUAACAGGCAAUGGACUUUGCGUAGAUUGUUUGGACAAGGUAUUAUGAAUGCUUGUCCUUUGGCAAAAGAAUCUUCAAUUUAUGUAGAUCUUAGCAAUGAUGAUAAAUUUGAUUUAGAGCCAUAUCCACAUGAGUACAUAACAGCUUACAGGGGUGGAUAUGAAACUACUUAUGCAAAAUAUGAUAUUAAGCGAAUUAAACCAAUGAGUAUUGCUGCUUCAUAUGAAGGUAAAGAAAUAAUCAAUGUAAACAUUCCUCCACCACUCUAUGCUAGUCAGUAUAAAACUGGAUUUGGUCAACAGAAUGGCGGAAUCAUUACGAAAUUAUAUAAUAAUCACUGGGCUGAUUUGAACGUCGUUGUUUUACAAAAUUUUCCAUGGUACGUUCCUAUUUACUUACAUACAAUGAAGAUUGAAUCAAAUGGAAAUAUUUUACAACCGACUGUUUUGAAAUACAAACCUGGUAAGCUGCGAGAAAAGGCUCAUUAUUUGGAAAUUGGUUUGAGACUUCCACCCAAAUCAACAAUUUCCAUAUCUAUUGACUUUGAUUAUGUAUUUCUGAAAUGGCAAGAGUACCCACCAGAUGCCAACCAUGGCUUUUACAUUGGAUCAGCUAUAAUUUCGGCGAUGUUACCUCUGGCCAAAAACUACACUGGAAUACCACAAGAUGGAUCGACGAUUGCCGAUAGCUUCAACGCGUCUAGGAGUGGAUAUUUGGUGCAGAUUAGAACCGAGACAAUGAUUAUUACAUUACCAACACCCGAUUUCAGUAUGCCUUAUAACGUUAUUUGUUUAGCUUGCACUGUGGUAGCUUUGGCAUUUGGCCCUUUACAUAAUAUCACCACUAAAAGACUUAUUCUGAAAGUAACUACCAAAAAGAAGUUAAGUGAGAAAUUGAAGUCGUUUUUUAAAAAAUGAUUGAUUUGUUUGUCUUCUACUUUUGUUAAUA